AUGGGAUUCACGACGAUAUGGUCGUCGGCGGCGCUCUUGUCGCUGCUCUUCAAGCUUGCCCUCGUUUUAUCAGCGAUUGGACUUAUGAAAAUUGGCUGGAAGGCUCAUACUAUCAGAAAAAAGUUCAAAGAAGUGAAAGCGUUGGGGAUCCCAAUGCUGCCUCACUCUUGGAUCAUGGGCCAUCUUCCCAUCAUGUUUGAGUUUCGCAAAGAGUAUCCAGGAGACAUCAAUAUUGGUAACUUCCACCCAUGGAUCAUCAAUAACUACCAGAGAUACAUUCCGGAAAUAGACCACUGCCCUCCAGUCAUUUAUCUGGAUCUCUGGCCUGUGUUGAAGGCACCCAUCGUGGCUGCGUACAAAAACACCGUUGCGGCACAGUUCACCCAGACGAAGAACCUUGACAAGCAUCAAAUCUCCCUCGACUUCAUGAACCCGCUGACCAAGGGUUUAGACAUCGCUACCCUCCAAGGCGAUGAGUGGAAGAAAUGGCGAGGCUGGUUCAACCCCGGCUUCAGCUCGAGAAAUGUUUCGUCAAUGGUUCCUGAUCUUAUCGAAGAGAUUAAGGACUUUGCGGAUAACUUGCAACAAAAAGCCGGCUCUAAUGGAUCGUGGGGUCGCAUGUUUCAGCUCCGCAACAUGACGACGGCUCUCACUUUUGACAUCAUUGUCCGUGCAGUCUUGGAUGAGCGUCUCCACGAGCAGACAAAUACGACUGCUGGCCCUCUCAGAGUGGCACUUGCUGACCAGUUGAGGCUCAUGGGCAUAAGACAGGCCUUCAGUUUCGGCUACUUGUUCCCAUGGCAGAACAAAGCCGUGGAUCGUAACAAUCGCAUUGUCCAACACCAGCUUCAACCCAAUAUUGUACGAUCUCUGGAGGCCGGUCUCAAACCAUCCAAGAAGAAGACGGUGCUCAAUCUCGCUUUGAUGCAUUUAGCAGAAGAGGCAGGUGGGCGCCCGAUUUACCCAACUACCGAUCCACUUAUGAUGGACACCAUCUUGGGCAAUCUGAAGACCUUCCUUGUUGCGGGCCAUGAGACAACUGCCAGUGCACUGUGCUUCAUGUUCAAGGUUCUCCAGGACAACCCAGACUGCAUGGCCAAGGUCCGCACCGAACACGACGAGGUACUGGGUCUGGGUCCCGACCAAGCUGCUGACAUUCUGAGCAAGUCACCUCAGCUCCUCGGCUCCCUUCGGUAUACACACGCCUAUCCCACCGAAGGGUUUCUUGUGUGGGAUGGCGGCCCGGGUAUGCAGCAUGACCCGUCCCUAUGGCCGCACGUUGAUCAGUUCAUUCCGGACCGCAGGCUUGUUCCUGCCGAAGACCCGCUUCAUCCCGUGAAGGAUGCCUGGAGGGCAUUUGCCCGCGGUCCUCGGGAUUGCAUCGGUCAAGAGAUUGCUCUGGUUGAGAUCAAGCUGGUCGCAGCCUUGAUCAUGAGGAAGUACGAUGUUGAAGAGGCCUGGGAUGAGUGGGAUGCUCUCCAAGGGCCUAAAGCCAAGAAAGAUAUGGUCCGGGGACAAAGGCUAUAUGUGGCUGGAGACGGCAUCGGGCAUCCCAAAGAAGGCAUGCCAGUUCGCGUGCGCCUUCGACAGAAAUGA